CCGAGCCUCGUCCUCCGCCCUGCUGGCGCCUCUUUUCUCUCCUGCGCACUCCUGCGCGAUCAAAUCCGAUUCAACGGCCGAGAAAAAAACCCUGAAAGAGGAAAACAAAAAAAGGAAGAAGAAAAAAACAGGGAGAACCCAAAACUGAGACGAACACGAAGAAGCAAGGAGCAAAGCACACACGAGCGAGCCCAUCCCAACCCACGAAGCAGCAGCAGCAGCAGCAGGCAGCCGCCUCGCCACGCGCCCGAGCAACGCCGCCGAGAGAGCAACCCGCCCGCCCGCCGGUGGGCAGUGAGGGCAAUUCGUCUUCGGCUGGUCCCCGUCCCGCUCCCGCCCGCCAACCCCAAUUGCUCCCCUCCCGAGGUCAGCUCAAUUCCUGCUGUUUCUCGGAUUCGAUUCGGUUCCGCCGGGCGCGCCAUCUCCCUCGCCGGAGAUCCAGCAGUUACGAGCUCGCCGGGGCCCGGGAUCAUGCCUCCAUUGCUCUAGGGUUUGGGCGGGUAAUCCAAUUGGCUCGCCUGGCCCGCGGCUUCCAUGCUCGAUUCAGGCCUGCCGCGCCGCUCCCUGGGCGGCUCCUUGAUCCCGCGGCGGUUGGUGUGGCGCCAGCGGAGAUGAGAUCCCCUCCAUGGCCGGCGAGCUGGGAAUUCGGGUACGGCCUCGCGCUCUGCAGGAAGCGGCGCAAGCCCUAAUGGUUUGAUCCUACGGCGUGCUAUCCCCAAUUCGUUGGUUUCUCUACUCCGGGUCUGAUAUCGGGGUUUGCUGCGGUGGUAAUUGCAUGGACACAGUAAGGGAGGAGGCAUGGCCAAUGGCUGCACCACAGCAGCGGAGGCGGCAGCCGUCAGCUCCACAACAGCAACAUCAGAAUGGCCGUAUUGAUCUCAGGGAUCUCAAGGCUCAGAUGUUGAAGCGGCUUGGUCCGGAUCGCUCGCGGAGAUAUUUUGGCUACUUGAAUGGCUACUUAUCGGAGAGGCUCAGCAGGCAAGACUUUGAAAAGCUGUGCCUGCAGACCCUGGGGCAGGAGAACCUCCAGCUGCACAACCGGCUAAUCCGUGCAAUUCUCUACAAUGCCUACCAGGGAAAGUGCCCGCCUCCUCCAUUGGAUGCAGGGAGACCUGUAGGGUCAUCAGUAAAGAAGGCUUCUCAGGCUGCUGAAGUGUUGAAUACUUGCAAUAGUGAUGCCAAGUUGUUACAGGUUCAGGGAUUGAGAUCUGUGGCCACAGCACAGGAUCAUACUUUGAAAGAUAGUAUGAAUAACAUGGGUCCAAAGUGUAGGGUGGCUGCUGUAAAUCACAACCAAGUUACUCACGGUGCUUCUGGAUCUCUGGAGAAUGGUACUAUAAAUCCAAUUGAGUUAAAGAGAUUGCAUUUUCAACAAUGUGAACCUGUAGAGCCACCGGCAAAGCAUCCACGUGUGGAACAGUUGCCCCCCAAUAAUAUGCUUUUGCAGAGAAGCAUGAGUAGCACUGCAGAACGUUCUGCAGAAAUAUUAAGAAGUCCUGUACGAGCUCCACUAGGAAUUCCAUUUUGUUCAGCAAGUGUGGGCGGUGCAAGGAAAUUUCCACCUCCACCAAUUGUUACAGGUGAGGAUCACUUCAACAGCUGUUUUGAGGAUGGUGGGCUGUUCAGCACCGAGCUGCUGCAUAGACGUAUGGAGAAAACAGCAGAAACACUGGGUUUAGCUGGUGUCACUAUGCAUAGUGCUGAGCUUCUAAAUAUUGCUCUGGAUGAGUACAUGAAAAACUUGAUUAGGUCAUCUGUUGAGUUAGUAGGAGGUAGUGUUCAGAGGGAUGCAAGGAAAGGGACACUACCACACAAGAACCAAGUUUAUGGAAAUCGGAUUAAUGGUGUCUGGCUGCCAAACCAUGUUCAUAUGCAAUCAGGCAGUGGUUCAUCAGGAACUACGAAUGAGAUUGGAAGUAACCAAUUGAUCUCCGUAAGUGAUUUUAAGGUAGCCAUGCAGCUAAACCCUCAACAUCUUGGGGAGAACUGGCCAGUCCUUCUGGAGAAGAUAUGUCUAUGUUCUUCAGAGGAAAAUGACUGACAGAUGGCGCCUUUUUACUUCACAUUGAAGUUCUGUACCAAUGUGCUUCUUGGUGCCCAUCCGAUGUACAUUUGAGCUGGAAGUGGCAAGAUUGCAGGCACAACACAGAAUAUGCACAUAUGGGGUCAAAGCAGAAUUCUGAUUCCACGUUCAGCCGUCGGAGUUGUAGUAGUGAAAGAAAGACAUUCUUUUUUUCCUGAUAAAUCAUGCCCAAAUAAAGGAAAACGUCUUCCGGCCAAGCCAUGCAGCUUAGGCCUCAUUAGCACUUACAAGGUGGAUAGUGUUACAUCUAAAAGUCCCAACUUCUAUGUAACAUCUGGCAUAAGGGACUGGGGGCAGCAAAAUGCAAGUGUUGCCUUGUAACUUAUAGGAAAAUGUUCUGUAAGUUUCUAGGUCAGGAUGUACAUUAUUGAUUGCAAAAUUUUUCUAGGUAUCUUCAGUACUAAUUUCAGGGAUCUCGAAUGUUAAUUUCAUUUAAUUCUUUUGUAACUGUGCUAUGAGGGUUAUAUGUUAGAUCCCUACCUUUCUACCUUGACGUGCGUGAGUGUCUUUGGGAUUAGGUUGGUGCCCCCAUACACUUUUUUGGUGUUUAUUAUACUAAAAAAAGCGAGAUGAUGCAUCGUUGAUCACACUGUUCAGAGAUGCCCCCCAUACACCGUGUUCUUUGAUGUCAACAUGUCUGAAACAGAGAUCCCCGUUCAAAAUUUUGUCA